AUGACUGGCCGUUAUGAGGGACGCGUUGAGCGUCAGAAUGAAUAUUUCAUCCCGGGCGAAGGAAUCAGCCGAGAAGUCAUUCAAGCAGAUAUCUGUCGCUACCUUGGAAACGAUGCACUCGUGAGGCCCGGCACCCACAAUAAUCGCCCAGGAUUCUUCAUCCGUGCCUAUCGAAAUCUCACCUCUGAGAUGAUUACUGAUCUGAAGGCUGACUCCGCCCGCUGGGAGGCGGACGUCUCACGCCGGGCUGCCCUAGGCCAAUCGCGAGGGAAUUACAUUCAGGAUGUGAACGUAUCCCAUCCACCUAACACUGCUCCACCCAGCUAUGCUCCUUCGGCCGUCCAUGAGUCUCGGCAAUCCCAGGGUGCAUCUCCUACGCCAUUUACUGCAGCACCCGCCCAGCAAUACAUGGAUCCUUACUCUCAGAGCCCCUACAGUGGAUCCCAGAAUCCCCCCUACACCACUCCUUCAUCAUACACAGGCCCCUCUCACUCGCCAUAUGCAUCAGGUACAACUCCGUACCCUCCUCCUCAGGUCUCCUACUCUGGCUCCAAUCAACCCGUUGUGACGGCUGCGGACAUGCACGGCCAAACCUACACAUAUUCCCCGGGCUAUUAUGACAAUGGCCGAGGCAAUCCUCGGUAUCCAGGACCUGCAUAUGAUGCCGAACAGGAUUACUCUCCCGUAACUUCCGGGAUGGCCUAUCCUACCACUACUGCCCCGGAUCCACGGAUAGGAAUGGAGCCCAGAUACACUCCAGAAUAUGAGCGCAGGCCACAAGCAUCCAGAGACAACCCGCACCGUCGGCGGUAG